AGAAGAUUGGGAGCAAAGAAAAGCAAGAUGAAUGUUCCUGCAAGUAGUUGUGGAAGUCCCAGUUCUGCAGAAAUAGUCAGUGACUUUAAAGAUCUCUGGGCAAAACUGAAGGAAUGUCAUGACAAAGAAGUACGAGAUGCACAAAGAUUGGAAGAGUUUUUUACUAAAAAUCAACAACUGAGAGAACAACAGAAAGCUCUUCGUGAUACCAUUAAGGUUUUGGAAGAUCAGUUAAGAGCAGGGUUGUGCGACCACUGUGCAGUGACCAAAGAACACAUGAGGAAAAAACAACAAGAAUUUGAAAAUAUUCGACAGCAAAAUCUUAAACUUAUCACUGAACUUAUGAAUGAUAAGAAUGCCUUACAAGAAGAAAACAAAAAACUUUCAGAGCAACUACAUCAGAAAAUUGAAAAGAAAUGGCAUCAAGUAGCAGAGCCUGAGGAGGAAAUUAUUCCUGAUUCACCUAUAUUGACUUUCUCACUUCCUGGCCUUAACCGUUUGCGAAGAAAGAAGGAGAACCCACAUGUCCGAUAUAUAGAGCAAGCAAAUACUGAUUUGGAGCACCUUCUGUGUACAAACAAAUUUGCAAAAGGUCUAAAGUGUUCGACUCAACUGCAGCAAAGCCACUAUGAAAAUGAAAUUCUUGUAGCAGACACUUGUGAUCAAACAUUAUCAACUAUGACCAAUACCCAAGAAACCAACAAUUAUCCCAUUGAUAAGUCGUCUUUUAAUUUAGCUGCUGUAGUUGCUGAAACACUGGGACUUGGUGUUCAAGAAGAAUCUGACUCUUAAAGUGCUUUGAAUUCUCUCAGUGAAGACCUGCACCAUCAGCAGGAAGCAGAGCCAAAGAAACAAACUUUUCAAGAACCCACAAAAAAUAUUGAAGAUGGUUUAAGAUUUUCAGUUUCUUCUCCAAGGACUCCACCAGAAGUUGACUGGACUGCUCAGGCAUCUUCUCCUGUUUUGGGGGCUGCUUCUACUCUGAAAAAUGGCUUAAGUUUGAACACAAGCUUGUCCCCUUCUCUUUUAGAGGCUGGGAAAAAGUUCCAUCUCAAAACAAACCAUUUUAGCAAUAAUUGUAAUUCUAGGCCACAAAAACCUAGAUCAAAACCUGAAGACACCAGCCUCGUUACAUGCCUUAAUCUUGGUUCUCAAGCAAGCACUGUUAUUGAUCAUUCUUCUUCCAUUAAACAAGUGUUUGUGAGAAAGAAUAUAGAUGAGUCAAUAAGUACAAAAGUUGGGACUGAUACAAAAGAUGAAGAUAUUGAAAAAAAUGAUCUUUUUGUGCCAUUGAAACCAUUGGGAGGCAGAGGAACCAAAAGAAAGAAGGCUGAAGAAGAAAGUGAACAUUGCCCCCCAACCUCUUUUGAUAAAGAAAAUGCUUUUCCUUUCCGAGGAGAUAUUCAUCCUUCUGUCAAUGGAGACUCUGUAAUAGAUAAGCCCCUAGAUCUAUCUGAUCGAUUUUCAGCUAUCCACCAUCAAGAAAAAGGCCAAGGAAAUGAGGUUACUGAUGCUUAUGAGCCAAUAAAAGUGAAAGGUAGGAUGGGACAUGGAGAUUGUGAACUUGCCUCAGUUCUUCAAUUAAAUCCUUGUAGAGUAACUAAAGCACAAACUUUGCAAGAUGAGCAAGAUAAAUCAGCCUUAGAAAAUAUCCAGUGGAGUAUAGAUCCAGCAGCAGAUCUUUCUCAAUAUAAAAUGGAUAUUAUUGUAAUUGAUACAAAGGAUCAAUCAAGAUUAGGAGGCGAGACUAUGGACAUGGAUUGUAAGUUGAUUACUGAAACUGUCCUUUUAAAAAUCAAGAAGCAAGAGCAGAAGGGAGAGAAAAGUCCAAAGCAAGAAAGAAAAAUGAAUGAUAGCUUAGCUGAAUUGUUUGAUCAGACAACAUAUGAAGAAUAUGAAUCCUAUUUGGCAAAUUCUUCUCCACUAUGUGAGCAAGAAGAAAAUCUCCAUGUAGAAGAUGAUGAAUUAUCAGUUGCUACAAAGAAACUAAACAGCCAUGAAGAUAUACCUGAUAAAGUCAAACAAAAAGCAUUUGAGGAGCCUUACUUUAAAGAUGAUGAAAAAAAGACCACAUUACAAAAUUUCCCUCAUAUUGAGGUGGUACGGAAAAAAGAAGAGAGGAGAAAAUUACUUGGACACACUUGUAAAGAAUGUGAAAUUUAUUAUACAGAUAUUCCAGAAGAAAGAGAAAAGAAGCUAGCCUCCUGUUCAAGACACCGAUUCCGCUAUAUUCCUCCUAAUAGAACUGAAAAUUUCUGGGAAGUUGGGUUUCCUUCAACUCAGACUUGUGUUGACAGAGGGUACAUUAAGGAAGACCUUGAUCCUUGUCCACAUCCCAAAAGGCAGCAACCUUACAAUGCAAUGUUUUCUCCAAAAGGCAAAGAACAGAAGACAUAG